UUUCAACGGUUUUGCUGACAGUCCCGGUCUCAUCAUUCUGUGAACAGUUGGCGGGUUAAACAGCUGUGUAUAUUUGAGGCGGUUUUUAGUCCAUUUAAAGAGCAAUCCAGCGUUGAAUCGUGUGUUUUUAACGGUACGUGAAGGCUGAUUCUACUACCUGUAAAAUGUCGCGUAUUAUGAGAAUCGAUGAGAACCACGCCGCUUCCCACCAGAAUGAAGGAUUGAAGAAGGUAGCUGCCGCCAGACGACCAGUUCUUGGAGAGCUUGGGAACAGAGUUCUUCGCCAUGAAUCUCAGGAUUUGUUGGUAAAGGGCACUGACAAAGGAACGAGUUUAAAAGCAGCAAACCCAACGUUGAAGAACAUCAAACCUCGCGUCGAUACCCGAUGGAAGAAAACCGAAAAUGUGGCGGUAGGAGCCGUGACGAAGAAACCCAUUACACGCUCAGAUGCAUCAAAAAGUGCAGCUGAUGUAAAACAUGUCGUCAUCACCGGGGCCAAGACUCAGUCAACAGCUCAGGAGGCUGUGAAAGUACAAGUGCAAUUAAACAAAGGCAAUGAGGUUAAACAUGUAGGCUUGAAACGGGAAGAGAGUCAGCUAUCUUUGCGUUCGCUAGCGAAGCAGAAUCGGAAGGGUCAACAGAAAACAUCAUGCAGCUCCGCAUCUUCCACUGAAGACAUUGCCCAGUCAACAAAUUUGGCAGCGAAAACGGAACGUUUGGAUACGCAUUCGCAAAAGUUGCUGGAAGGCAUCGAAAACAUUGACAUUAACGAUGCUGCGAACCCAGCUCUGUUGUCUGAAUAUGUGAACGACAUUUACAAAUAUCUGAACAGAUUGGAAAGUACUCCAGGAUACGAGUUGCAGGAAAAUUUUCUUGAUGGUCAAAAAGAGGUCACCCACAAGAUGCGAACCAUUCUGAUCGAUUGGAUUAACGAAGUGCACCAUCAGUUUAAGCUCGAGAUUGACACCUACCACAUGACAGUAUCGCUGAUCGAUCGCUAUCUACAGAAAGUGAAAACGGUCCCCAAAAGGCAGCUUCAGCUUGUCGGAGUGACCGCAAUGUUCAUUGCUUCGAAGUAUGAGGAACUGUUUCCACCAGAGAUCCAUGAUUACGUCUUCAUUACCGACGACACGUACCAGAAACAGCAAAUCCUGGAUAUGGAAAAGGAGAUUGUUAAGCAGUUAGACUUCAACUUGGGCAAACCACUCCCAACGCACUUUUUGCGGCGGUUUUCGAAGGCCGCCAAAGCAUCGGACAUUAACCAUGUGUUGGCAAAAUAUUUAAUCGAACUCGCCAGUGUGGACUACAGCACCGCUCAUUACAAGCCAUCGGAGAUCGCUGCAGCCGCAUUGUACAUAUCUCUGUAUCUCUUUCCCGUAUCGUCUCGCGGAGGAAAUGGUUCUUCCGGAAAGAUUUGGAACCGCACGGUAGAACAUUACACGCACUACAGUGUGCAUGAUUUGGCACCAAUUGUGCGAAGGCUAGCAAGCGUUGUAAAACUGGUGCCAAAGAUGUCGGAAAAGAGAGUUAAAUCCAUGUGGCUAAAAUAUUCCUCGUCAAAGCUGCAAUGUAUCUCAACCCACCCGAAACUGAAGGGGGUUGAAAUGGAUGCGUUGAUCGAGUGUGACCUACCUCAGUAACCAAAUCGGAUGAAGUCAACCAGUCUUGGCAGUGUAAGACAAAUGCUCUCGUAGCAGUACAUAUUUGUAAUUACGAAGCGCCCUUCGAUAGUGGCCCGUUCUAUGUAUGUUUAUUUUUAUAGGUUCUUUUACUUGACCCUGGGAAAGAUUAUCCGCCGGAAAUUUUUUCUUUUGUUCUAUGACAAUUUGUUAGUAGCUUAUUAUGUUUUGUGCGUGUGUCUAAUUAUAAAGAUAUAAAUGUUUAAAUCAAUUGAUUUCGUAACACAACA